AUAGGGAAUGGUUAAAAGCAACUGUUCACUUUCAAAGUUAGCCGUAUUAAACUACAAUCAGCAACUUAAAAAAAUAAAACAUUUAGUGGAUGGAAAAGUGAAAACUCGACUAUAAUAUUUAUUAUUUUUAUCAAAGCUAUUCUUUUACAUUUUGAAAAAAAAAUGGAAAGGAUAACUUCUUUGCUAAAAGUAUUGUGGCGACCCUCUACUAACUUUGUGAGAACUCGAUAUCAUUCUGAAAAGACGCGCAUCAUAAAACGCUAUGGCUAUGAAGAGAAACUCUGGAGUGGUGGAUUAAUGCCUAGAUCACUUGGAAAACGUUUACCUAUGCCAGAAUAUAGACCACUUAAUCCAUGGACAGAAAGGAGGGCUUUAUUUGGCCAGAAUGACUACAUAGAUAUUUUAGGUUCUGGUGAACUUCACCCAUUAAGGACUUUGUAUACAAUUCCUUCAUGGAUCAAGGGAGUAAGUGGGAAUGAAUAUCAGAUUCUGUUACGAAAAAAGAAAAUGUUUGCUAAAACAGGAUCACCCCAAGUAAGACCAACAAAAUGGAAAGAGUUGGAAAAAAGAUUAGGUUUCCUAUACAGACGGUUAAAUAGAAAAACUAAAACUGGAUUCUCUAGCACUUAGUGUAUGUUCUUCUUGGAAUAUCUUAAAUAAAUAAUUAGAUUAAC